UGAUAAGCCCAGCUCUAUAAAGUUUGCAUUCUGCCUGACCCCAUUCAAGUGAUGGAUGACAACAAGAUCAACAGCUAUUCCCAACCUCAGUUCAUAUCCACCUAAAAGAAAAAAAAAAUCUUCUGUCACCACAAUUCAGUGUCCUUGGAAUUGUGUUGUCAACAGCUACAGAGAGAGGGAUCUGCAGAGCUGAGUCCUGUCAGGAUAUCCUGUCAUUCCGUUAGGAAGGGUUUAUUCAGCUUUGCAGUGAAAACGUUCAGCAAAAGCCAUGUAUUUUGGUAUUUUUCCUAUCUAAGGGCAGGUUUCACGUGCUUUGUGGUUUAGCUCAUUGCUUUCUUCAGGAAAAGGAGGGAAGUCACUUCAGUCUUUUCACUGGAAUGUAGUAAAGUGGUAAGGCUACCAAAACUCUGAUCAUUUUCAGCCAUAGCAUUGUUACUCAUGACUGAAGAGUUCUGAGGAAAAAAAAGCCAACAGUUUUUCAUAAUGGCAAAACAUAUGGUUGUUUUAUUCCUUGUGUCUUCUUUGGUUGCAAAUAACCUCUCUUCACCACCAAAACCCAAAGAUCAGGUGAAGAAUAAAUGUGAUCAGAAGAUGCUCAUUACAACCAAAACUGAAUGCCGAUCUUGUUCUCUAAACCUUGAAAUCCGGUGCCCUGCUGGUUAUAGUAAAAUUACCAAUGGAUCUGGAAUACGAGAUUGCAGGUACUACCUUGAAAUCAGGACUUACACUUUGUCUCUUCCUGGAUGUCGGCAUAUCUGUAUGAAGGAAUUUCAACAACCUGAGUGCUGCCAGGGAUAUUGGGGCCCAGAUUGUAUGGCAUGUCCAGGAGGAGCUGCAUCACCAUGCAAUAACAGAGGCCGCUGUUUUCAGGGUAUAAAUGGGGAUGGAAAAUGCACUUGCCAACCAGGAUUUGGUGGGACAGCCUGUGAAACUUGUGCUGAAGAUAAUUUAUUUGGACCCAACUGUACUUCAGUUUGCAACUGUGCUCAUGGAGUAUGCAACAGUGGAAUUACAGGGGAUGGAGGAUGUACCUGUUUGUCUGGAUACAAAGGGCUUAACUGUGAUCAGGCAAUACCUGAAUGUGAGGCCUUACAGUGCCCUGAAAACUCCAGAUGUUCUAUUUCUAGUAAAGAGGAAACCAAAUUGGAGUGUACAUGUCUUCCCAAUUACCAUGGAGACGGUAAACAAUGUGAACCUAUCAACCCGUGCUUAAAAAAGGUCUGUGAUCCGAAUGCUUAUUGCACCCAUCUUGGACCUAAUCGUCAUAAAUGUGUUUGCCAAGAAGGUUACAGUGGGGAUGGCCAAGUCUGCCUACCAAUAGACCCUUGCCAAGGGAUGUUUGGAAAUUGCCCUACAGCGUCUACCAUUUGUAGAUAUGAUGGUCCAGGAAAGUCCCACUGUGAAUGCAAAGAACAUUACAGAAAUUUAGUACCUGGGAAAGGAUGCAGUAUGACAGAUAUCUGUGAGACUAACAACACCUGCCAUAAAAAUGCAAAAUGCACUAUGGUUGUGCCAGGACAAAUUGUGUGUACUUGCCAGAAGGGUUAUGUAGGUGAUGGGUUUGUAUGCUAUGGAAACAUAAUGGAACGCAUCACAGAGCUGAACACUGAACCAGGAGGACAGUGGCAAGGAAAACUGACAUCUGCCAUAGCACUCAUUGAAAAUGUCUACGAAUGGCCUCUAAGUAGUCUGGGACCAUUUACUGUUUUACUGCCAACAAACAAGGGAUUCAAAGGAAUUAAUAUAAAGGACCUCCUGACCAAUAAGGAGAAUGCCCAGUACUUUGUAAAACUUCAUAUAAUUGCUGGUCAGCUGAACACCAAUAGCUUGAAUAAAACAGAUACAAUUUACACCUUGACUGGAAAGCCAGGGGAGAUAUUAAAAAGUGAUAAGGACGAUCAAUUAAAAAUUAGGAUUCAGGGAAGUAAGAAGAAAGGAAAACUCUUACAGGGGGAUAUAAUUGCUUCCAAUGGAAUUUUGCACAUUAUUGACAAAGCCAUGGACAACGUGGAGCCAACAUUUGGGAGCAGUAAAGAGGAGACCAUAAUGACAGUGAUGCAAAACAAUAGAAGAUACAGCCGAUUUAGAUCCAUGUUAGAGAAAACUAUUCUGGGACUGGCCUUGGAGCAGGAUGGUGGACCUUACACAAUCUUUGUUCCAAACAACAAUGCUUUGGAUAACAUGAAAGAUGGAGCACUGGACUACCUGCUUUCUACAGAGGGUGCAUGGAAACGUCUGGAGCUCGUUCGAUACCACAUCGUUUCUUAUGCUCAGUUGGAGGUUGCCAGUCUCAUCUCCAUAGAUCACGUCAAGACCAUGGCUAGACAGUUCAUCUAUUUUAACACAACCAGAAAUGGACAAAUCUUGGUGAAUGGUGAAGAAACAGAAGAAACAGAUAUCGUUGCCAAAAAUGGUCGAAUAUAUACUCUUGCAGGUGUUCUUAUUCCUCCCUCAAUUGUUCCUGUUCUACCACACAGAUGUGAUGGGGGAAGGAGUGAAAUUAAAAUGGGUACCUGUGUAAAAUGUUCAGUAUUCUACAGGAGCACUUGUCCAGGGGACUCGAAGCCCAUUGCUUUUUCAAGACGUAGAUGUAUUUAUGAAGCCCUGUCCUAUCCAACAACCGGCUGUGCUAGGUACUGCAAUGUAACAAUAAAGGAACCUAAGUGUUGCAAAGGCUUCUAUGGGCCAGACUGCAAUCAGUGUCCAGGCGGAUUUGCCAAACCCUGCUCAGGAAAUGGACAGUGUGUGGAGGGAAUGAAAGGAAAUGGAACUUGUAUUUGUACUGAUGGAUUUCAAGGAUCCCACUGUCAGUUCUGUUCAGACCCUGAUAAAUAUGGCCCUCAGUGUGACAAAAAAUGCCUGUGUGUUUACGGGAAAUGUGAUAACAGGAUAGGUAGUGAUGGAAUCUGCCUUGCUGGAUCAUGCAAAAGUGGAUAUGCUGGGAAACUCUGUGAUAAGCAGAUAGUUCCGUGUGGGCCUUUUGUGCAAUUCUGUCAUGCACAUGCAAAUUGUCAGCUUAGUAAUGGUGCCAGGAGCUGCAUCUGCAAACCUGGAUAUGAGGGAGAUGGAACAACCUGCAGUGAAGUAGAUCCUUGUGCUAGUUUAGUUCAAGGUGGUUGCAAUACCAAUGCAGAAUGUAUUAAAACAGGCCUUGGAACUCACACAUGUGUAUGCCAGCCAGGAUGGAGUGGGAAUGGAAGAGAUUGCUCAGAGAUCAACAAUUGUCUGCUACCAAAUUUCAGAGGGUGCCAUGACAAUGCUACCUGCAUAUACGUAGGGCCGGGUCAGAAUGACUGUGAAUGUAAGGAAGGAUUUCGGGGGAAUGGAAUUGAAUGUGAACCAAUAAACUCUUGUUUGGAACAAAAUGGAAAGUGCCAUCAUCUGGCAACUUGUCAGUUUGUGUCAUCUGGUGUCUGGGACUGUGUGUGUCCAAAGGGAUACGAAGGAAAUGGCAUCAUAUGCUAUGGAAGUGCAGCAGAUGAGUUGUCUGCUCUGUCAGAGGCAGCUGGAUUUAACCAGUGGGUUAAUGAGGCUUCAAUAAACACAGUGCUGUCAGUGACUUCAAAUUUAACCAUCCUUGUGCCUUCCCUUCGGGCAAUUGAAAACAUGGAUCAAGAUGAGAAAGCCUUUUGGAUGUCAAAGACUAACAUUGCAACUCUACUAAAGUAUCAUGUAUUAGUGGGAGCUUAUAGACUUGCUGACCUCCAGAAUUUAUCAUCUGACACACUGGCCACAUCUCUGCAUAACAAUUUCCUGCAUCUGUCUAAAGAAAGUGAGAACAUCACUAUUGAAGGAGCUAACAUUGUCGUUGGUGAUAUUGCAGCCACGAAUGGAAUCAUCCAUGUUAUUGAUAAGGUUCUAACACCACUCAGAGGUCUGAGUGGCACAUUGCCAAAACUGCUGGCCCGCUUAGAACAGAUGCCUGAUUACUCCAUUUUCAGGGGUUAUGUUAUUGCAAGUAUUCAUGCUAUUUUAAGAAUACAAGUAGUUCUCUAGACUAUGUGUGUUUGGGCUGGUAGCAGAAUAUCAUUACAAGGUGUUGUUUUGUUUUUUUAUGUCUUUCCACAACAGCAAUAUAGGCUGGCAAGUGAAAUAGAAGCAGCUAACACUUACACAGUUUUUGCCCCAAAUAAUGAUGCAAUUGAAAGUUACCUCAGGAAUAAAAAGUCUGCCACUCUGGACGAGGACCAAAUCCGAUAUCACAUUGUGUUGGAGGAAAAGCUCUUGAAGAACGACAUGCACAACGGCAUGCACAGGGAGACCAUGCUUGGGUUUUCCUAUCAAGUGGGAUUCUUUCUGCACAACGGCCAGUUGUACAUAAAUGAAGCACCUAUAAAUUACACAAAUAUUGCAACUGACAAAGGGGUUAUCCAUGGACUGGGAAAAAUUCUGGAAAUCCAGAAGAACAGAUGUGAUAUCAAUGAUACUGUGAUUACAACUGAAAAGUGCAAUCUGUGUUCAUAUCGAUCACGCUGCCCUCCUGGAACUAAAGAAUUUCUAGGAGAGAAGAAAUAUUGCAUCUAUACUGAAAACUUUAUGGGAAGGACAUCCAUUCACAUUGGAUGCCAGCCAAAGUGUAUUAAAACUAUCAUUACCAGAGAAUGCUGUGCCGGUUUCUUUGGUCAACAGUGCCAGCCCUGUCCAGGGAAAAGUGGAAAUGCCUGCUUUGGAAAUGGCAUCUGCUUGGAUGGUGUUAAUGGCACAGGCGUGUGUGAAUGUGAAGAGGGGUUUAAUGGAACCGCCUGUGAGAAAUGUAUUGAAGGCAAAUAUGGUCACAACUGUAAUCAAGAAUGUGCUUGUGUCCAUGGGAAAUGCAGCAGUGGGAUUGAGGGCGAUGGCUCCUGUGAGUGUGACGUUGGCUGGAGAGGUGUAAAAUGUGAAAGCGAAAUCAAAGAUGACGCCUGUAACAGCACGUGCCACACCAGCGCUAACUGCCUCCUCAAGUCUGGGGGCACUGCAUAUUGCAAGUGUGCGGCUGGCUUUAAAGGGAAUGGAACACACUGUACAGUUAUUGACGCAUGCGAGACCAGCAAUGGUGGCUGUUCUGUCAAAGCAGAGUGUAGAAGAACUACUCCAGGAAACAGAGUAUGUGUUUGUACAGCUGGAUACACUGGAGAUGGAAUAGUCUGCCUUGAAAUCAACCCUUGCUUAGAGAACAACGGUGGAUGCGAUAGAAAUGCGGAAUGCACUCAGACUGGACCCAAUGAGGCUGUGUGUAAUUGUUUGAAAGGAUAUUCAGGAGAUGGUAAAACAUGCACAUACAUCAAUGUGUGUUUAUCGAAUAACGGUGGCUGCAGUGAAUCUGCAAUCUGCAAUGACACUGAGCUGACAGAGAGGACCUGCACCUGCAAACCUGAUUAUGUUGGGGAUGGAUUUAAAUGCCGAGGCAACAUCUACCAGGAGCUUCUUAAGGAUUCCAAUACUACUCAUUUUUAUUUCCAUCUCAAGGCCCUUGCUCUCAAAGAUAUUGCAGGUUCUGGUCCUUUCACUGUGUUUGCACCCAAUACAGAAGCAUUUAACAGUGAACCAAAAAUUAAAGACUGGAUUGUCAAUGGAGUGAUGCCCCAGAUCCUUAGGUACCAUAUGGUGGGCUGUGCCGGACUUCUCUAUAAUGACCUGACAACAAUUACUAAUGUCACCUCACUCCAGGGGGACCCCAUCCAGGUCACUUUCUCACAGAAUUCUGUGUACCUGAAUACCAAGGCUAAGAUUAUAUUCAGCGAUACUGUCAGCACAAAUGGUGUGAUACACCUCAUAGAUAAAAUCCUACUUCCACAACACAUGCAGGAAUUCCCUAAGGGGCAAUCGGGGACUGAGCGGGAAAGCCUUAAAAUGGUUGCAGCCAAACAAGGAUACAUCAUGUUCAGCAACUUGCUAGAGAAUGCCGGUUUGAUGAGUGUAAUCAAUGAUCCUCUUCAUAAACCAGUCACCUUGUUCUGGCCUACUGAUGAAGCUCUCAGAGCUCUGCCUAAGGAACAGCAGGAUUUCCUGUUUAAAAAAUCUAACAAGGACAAACUGGUGCAAUAUCUGAGAUUCCAUGUCAUCAGAGAUGCUAAGAUUUUAGCCUGUGAGCUCCCCAGCUCCAAUUCUCUGAAGACCCUUCAAGGUUCUGAUCUCAGUGUAAAAUGUGGGGAUAACAACAACUCUUUUGGUGACCUCUUUCUGAAUGACAGGAGGUGUAGGAUAGUGCAGCGGUACCUGGAGUUUGAUGGUGGCAUCGCUUACGGGAUUGACUGCAUGUUAAUGGACCCCACCCUUGGCGGGCGAUGUGACAAUUUUAUCACUGCAGAUUUCUCGGGAGAUUGUGUUGGCUGUUACAAUAACCCUAAAUGCCCUACAGCGACUAAACCAAAGGGAGGGAUUCAGAAGUGUACAUACCAAUUCUAUGGCAGGAGCCUAGAUGGCUGUCGCCAGGAUUGUUCGAUGGUCGUCUGGAUUGCAAAGUGCUGUCAAAGCUACUAUGGGCGAGACUGCCAAGCCUGCCCAGGAGGGCCAGAGACCCCGUGUAAUAAUCAUGGUUUAUGUAACGACGGAUACUCAGGAACCGGAGAGUGUAAAUGCAACAGUGGCUUCAAUGGGACUUCAUGUGAGCUGUGUUUGCCGGGAAGAUAUGGCUCUGAUUGUACAUCCUGCAACUGCAAGGCCCAUGGACAAUGUGAUGAAGGAAUCUCUGGAUCAGGACAAUGUUUCUGUGAAACUGGAUGGACUGGUCGAUUCUGUGAAACCAAACUAGCUCUGCCGCCUGUGUGUUCACCUAAUUGUUCUAGUAAUGCCGUCUGCAAAGAAAAGAACAUGUGUCAGUGUAAGCCGUUUUAUGAAGGAGAUGGAAUCACGUGUACAGCUGUGAAUCUUUGUAAACAAAACAAUGGUGGGUGUCACCAGAAUUCGAAAUGUACCCAAACUGGUGUGAAAGUCCUUUGUAGCUGUCAGAAAGGAUACACAGGAGAUGGACACACCUGCCUUCCUAUCAAUCCUUGUGCUGAUGGGCUCAAUGGUGGUUGCCAUGAGCAUGCCCUUUGUACAAUGACAGGACCUGAUAAACGCAAAUGUGAAUGUAAAAAUAACUAUGUUGGUGAUGGGCUUGACUGCACUGUGAUGCAGCUUCCAGUUGACCGUUGUUUGCAAGACAACGGGCAGUGCCAUGCCGAUGCCAACUGUGCCGAUCUUCACUUCCAGGAUGCUACAGUUGGAGUCUUCCAUUUGCGCUCUCCCCAAGGGCAGUACAAACUGACUUAUGAAAAAGCAAAGGAGGCCUGUGCCAGGGAAGGGGCAACAAUAGCUACAUAUAAUCAGCUGUCAUAUGCUCAGAAGGCACAAUACCACUUCUGUGCUGCUGGCUGGUUAGAUAAUGAAAGAGUUGGUUAUCCAACUGCCUUCUCUUCCCCAAACUGUGGAUCAGGAUUUGUUGGAAUAGUUGACUAUGGACCUAGAGUCAACCUGAGUGAAACCUGGGAUGUCUUCUGCUACAGAGUCAAAGAUGUGAACUGCACGUGUAAGACUGGCUAUGUGGGUAAUGGCUUCACAUGUAGCGGGAACCUGCUACAGGUCCUGAUGUCUUUCCCCAUGUUUACAAACUUCUUGUCGGAAGUCCUGGUUUACUCUAACAGCUCCACAAAAGGCAAAGAGUUCCUGAAAUACCUCACAAACUUGUCAACCCGGGCCACUCUCUUUGCCCCAAACAAUAAUGGGCUAAGAGAAAAUGAGACACUUUCUGGACGAGACAUUGAGUAUCAUCUGUCCAAUUCCAGCACACUGUUUUAUGAAGACUUGACCAAUGGGACUACUCUUCAAACAAGGAUAGAGAAAAGACUCUUAAUUACAUACAGCAUAGGUCAGGAUUACCAAAUCCCGACAAAGAAGAAGAAUGAGACCAGAUACGUGGAUGGAAAAUCUAUUCUUGAAUGGAAUAUCAUUGCUUCCAAUGGAGUAAUCCAUGUCAUUUCAGAGCCUUUAAAAGCUCCUCCUCCACCACCUGCUUCUCUCCACACUGGAUUUGGAACAGGAAUAUUCUUUGCCAUCAUCCUGGUUAUUGGAAUCGUGGCUUUUGUCGGGUACUCGUACUUCAGAUUCAAGAGGAGAAAUAUUGGCUUCCAGUAUUUCAAGUCAAAAGAAGAUAUAGAUGUGACAGCACUAGACAAGCCACGGCUUUCAAACAUCACAAAUCCCUCCUAUGAAAGUUCUGCUCCUCCUCCUCCACCGGAGCCUGCCUACGAGCCUUUCUCUGAUUCUGAUGAACAGCAGCUUGUAAUGAGUGGGCCUCAUGAUCAGUUUUGAAGACUGAAGUUGGAAUUAUCAACAAUGAAAAACCUCUCUCUACAGUCUAAAAUGAACAUUUACUGUGAAUAAGCCCUGCCUAAGCACUUCAGGGGAAAAAAAAUUACCUUUUUAUAACAUUUUUUUAAAGUAAGUAAGUGUUUGAGACAGCGAAUUUGCUGAAAAGUUGGUUACAUGUAAGGAAUAUCAAGUUCCACUUUAAACAAAUAUAGAAUUAAUGUAGAAAUGUAUUCCUCUGCCUAGGAGACAUUUAAAGGUUAUUUCUAUUUAAGGAUAUAGCAGUUGCUAAACGGCCCACGAUGACUUAUAGUUUUUCAGAACACCAUGUAGCUACUUUGAUUUAUGAUGCCCGUCUUUCUGUAAAGAAAAGAAACUGCCUCUUAAACACAUAAUCCUGAUGUCCUCUGACGACCGUACUUGGAGGAUGUACUCUGUGUUUGCUACCCUUGUGUCUUUUUAUCUAAUUUUGUCUUGGGGUUGAAUCCAGAAGUGGCUGACAAGGAGCAAAAGCCACAAAUAUUGCUUAAUAGUAUUACGACCUUCAUUUUUAAAAUUAUUUGAUCUUGUUAACAAUGUUCUUCCUUCUAAAAAAUGAUGUAGCUGCAAAUGCAAGCACAGUAUGUCUGGUUUGCCCACUCUGAGCCAUUUAUGAAUUCUGUCAUUGUUAUGAAGAAAUAUUAACUGUAGAGGAAUUAAUGAGGAACGCAAGUCAUGUAUGACUUUAACCUAUUUCAUUAUUUUAUUUCAAGUCAUUUUUGUGCAGAAUAGGCAUUCUGCUUGUUUACUGCCCGCUUUGCCUUCCCCAUUCAUUUUUCAGUGGUUUGUGUAAAGUAAAAAAAAAAACCUUCUGCAUUGUCUGUGUAGAAUAUUUAUAUCAACUCAGUUACACAUGAGAUGCAAAUUUUAAAUGAAUAGCAAUAGCAGCUGCCCUUUCUACAUGUACUAUAUUAAAAUAAUGAAAUAAAGAGUGUGGGUGGAGGGAGGUGGGGAAAUUCAGUCUUAAUGCUGCAGCAAGUCUCCAGAGGGCUGGAAAGGCUACAUAACACAGUAAACCUCAAGGAGAGAUUUUUAUGUUUGUGAUGGCAGUGGUGGUAAUGUUUCAUAUCAACUAUAUAUUUACUGGCAUUCUCUUUUGUAACCAUUCUUUUUUGUGUAGCACAGGAUUGCUUUCAUAUAAAUAUCCCAGGAUCUUUCAGCAGAUUAAGCAAUGCAAGCAAACCACAUAGGUUAAAUUACAUUGUGGACAUACACUGUGGUACUGUAACACCUGCAGCUGGCCUGUGUUAGAUGGCUGGGGCUUGGACUGCAGGGUUGUAAAUUGCAGUGUAGAUGUUCAGGCUGACAUGGACAAGCCACAGGUGUUUAACUGCAGUGUAGACAUACCCACAAAGACCCAGCACUUGUUGAUGUAGUCGUUCUAGUGUGAGGAACUCCAAGUUUAAAGGGUAAAUGAUUGAACAAGUGAGGCAAAGACUACAGUUAUUUUCAUGUCCAUCUCCUCCCUUCCUGUUCUCCAAACACACACGUUUUUAUUUAAAUUGAAUUUAAAAUAAUAUCUAAGAUAGUCUGCCCAGCUAAUAAGCUUCCUGCCACCCCUUCCCUGUCAUCAGAAAGAUUAAGGCUCUUUAGGGACCAGAUAAAAUACAUACAUUUAUUUUUUGUAGCAACUGUUAAAUAUUCUUCACAUAAAGUAACAUUUUCUGAUAGUUUAUUAACCGAACUAUAAAUUUUUGCACUUCUGAUUUAGACUAAACAUAGACAAUUCAUCUCACUCUGAUUCAGCUGAAGUAUACUCCAAAAAUUAAUGUAGACACUGCAUUUGAAACAUGUUGUAAAAUCUGCAUGAGAGAAGUGAUGUGGUAGGGUUAACGAAGGUAAUUAAUAAGGGAAGUCGGAGGUACACAGCUCAAGAAUUCUGAAGCAGUUACAAAAAUACCAAAACAUUUUUGAAAGAGUACUCAAACACUGAAGCAUAUUCACGUAUUUAUAUUUUCAAAAACAUUGUCUUAAAUUCAUAUUGUACACAGUUUGCUUGAACACUAAUCCCCUGUAACUAAAAAUGCCAUGCAAUAUAAAUAAAUAAAUAAAAAUCAUACUAGCUGGUGUCCCUCAGAUCUCAAAGAAACCACCACCAAGCAUAACAGAACAUUUUACUGUAUUUUAAGUUAGGUUGAAGUUUUUCAUCUUGAAACAAAAUGCACAGUAAAUGGAUGGAUAAAAUAUUCCCACACAACAAUUUCACUUUUCUUGCUUAAACACACUUUAGCAGUGCUCAGAAGGACUCACUCUUUACCUAGAUUUACAAAAUUAGGCAACAAAGGCUCAUGUCAAGAGCCAUAAGCAUCUAAGUAUUUAACAAAUGUAACCACUCAAUUUUUAAAAUGUGACAUUAACUAUUAUCUGCUGGUACUAAAAGUCAGAUGGAAAAAAUAUACACUGUCUUUAUUUUCUCUUAAUCUUGUUAUGCUCUGCAGUACAAAUACUAUCACCACUUUAUAAAGCACUUUGGUAUCCUUUGGGAUAUGAAAUGUGCUAUGUACAGUAAUAUCAAGUUUUGUUCUAUCUUAGCAUAACACACAGAAGGCAAAAUGAAAUUACCCCCCUCCCCAAAUUUCAGCAUAUAAAAUAGACUAGAUAUCAAGUUUUGUAAAAUAUUAAAUUAACUAGAGCUUGCACUGUCCAGCUUAGCCUACAACUCACCGGAUAAAGCUAGAUGAGGUACCAGAGGAUGUUUAUAAGUCUCUCCAGCAAACAACAGUAGGACAGUCAGUGGAACUCAUACAUUUCAAGUCAAGUAUAGUCUAUUCAUAUGUAUAAAGAAGUACCUAACACCCUAGAAAUGUUGCACAUAGUCUGGAAACCAAGCUAGAGAAAACCACAAACAACGCUAUCAUAUUAAACCUCCAUGGCCAGCAAUAGAUUUAUUUAAAA